AUGGAUUCUUCACCAUAUUUGGAUCGUUAUCGCCAGAUUGGCGCGCUCGAUCAGCAAAAGAAUCAGCUUAUUGAGGAACUCCUGCAAAGAGUGACCGACCUCGAAAAUUCCUUCCAGCGUGAGAAAUUGGAUCAUGAACGCGAGACGCGCUUCAACCGGGAUAUCCAGUUGCAUGAAAUGGAGCUCAUGCAACAGAUAUCUCAGAUCAAGACUAUAAUGGACCGAGAACCGUUCGUUGUGGUGCUCUUUGAUGGCGAGGCUAUAAUUUUCAAGGAUGAAUUCUUGCAGCUGGGUGAAGAAGGUGGCCGAAAUGCUGCCAACCAGUUUUACACCGCCAUGCACACGUACCUGUUGCAGAACUUGCCCAGUGUCAAUGUGCCCAAGAUAAUACUGAAGCUCUAUCUGAAUGUGAAGGGGUUUGCAGAGACAUGUGUCCGCAGUGGGAUCCUUUCCGAUCCCUUGACGGUCCAUGAAUUUAUUCGCGGGUUCAAUGAGACGAUAUCAUACUCGGAAAUUAUUGACAUCGGUUCCGGCAAAAACAGGGCCAAUGAUAAGAUUCAAGAGAUGUUCCAGGUCUUCCUUUACAACUGCCAUUGCCAUCAAGUCUUUGUUGGUUGUGCCUCAAAUAUCGAAUACGCUCAGUUCCUCGAAGAGACUCUGACCGAUGGGGAUGUCACUGGUCGUGUGUCACUCGUUGAAGGUAUCACAUUUGAGAAGGAACUGGAUGCGGUGAAGGGAUCAUUUAGAACUGCCAAGUUCCCAGAUGUCUUGCGUUCAUCCAAGGUGGCACCUAUUUAUGUUGCUCCCUGGAAGAGCAGCUUGCCCUCUCGGUCCUUGCUCACGCCAUCCCCAUCUCAGCAGCUACAGAACCCUCCGCCCUUGUCCCGGACUUCCACCAACACGAGUGCCUCGGGCCUGGGUGCACAUCUGUCAGCACCAACACCGAAUACAAGCAACGAAUCUCCCGACUUCCAGGUUGUUCGCUCCAAAGCAUCUGGGUCGACACCCGUGAAGACGGUGGAACGAAACAAAUACGGACAGCGAGUGGACCGUUUAGAUUUCAAGAGUAUUCCUCGUGAUGAUUUGAAUCGAUUGAAAAAGCUCAAGUUGUGCAAUUAUUAUUUCCUUCUUGGGGAAUGCCCCAACGAAGAAAACUGCUAUCAUGACCAUGAUCGCAAAUUGACUCGGCAGGAACUUCAUAUUCUAUCUGCCAUUGCGCGAAUGACUCCAUGUCGCUUUGGAUUGGAAUGUGAUGACCCGGAGUGCAUUUACGGUCAUCGGUGCCCACAAAGUGAACCAGGCAAAAAGACCUGCUUCCGCGGCGACAGUUGUCGCUUUGAGCCUGUGGCACAUGGUAUUGACACCAAUAUUGUCAAGGUGACCAAGAUCUAA